CUUCACCCUUUCGGCUAACGCCUCUCUAAAUUAGAUAUUCAAAAAAGGCAGGCACCAUGAUCACCUCGAAGCUGCGCCUGCGCCGAGCACAGAUUCCCAGGUUUUCGAUCACGAGUCGAUGGUACAAUUGGGGCAGCUACGAUGCCAGCUCUGGGGAGUGCUGCAAGAUGCGCGACAAGGAUACCACGGCCUGCAAGGAUGGAAAAUGGUUCUGUCCGGUCAAGUACGAGCCCAACAAGUGUUACGAGAAACCAUCCUUUGCAGUAGAAGAAUACUCCCAGUAUCUGCAGGAGAUCUAUAAUCGAGGCAAGACCAAUCCCGACUGCUUGCUGAAGCUGAUCCGCCACGACGCUGAACAUUACAAGCCGUCAGAUAAGCAGCGCAAAUUCCAACGGACUUGGCCAGAGUGUCCGCUCCUCUGGCUACGACCAAAGGACUAUUGCUGUCCCGAUCAGGAGGUAUAUCAGCCCAUGAAUCGCCGCAUCCGCCCCCCGCAGGAACCACCACUUUCGGCUAUUGAAAAGCACCUCUUCCAGAUGAGUAUCUUUUGCAAGUCCGUCAGGGCUCCCUGUUGUAAAGUAGGUCGACGUCCGCCCAAAUGCACCAAGCCGCGGAGGCCAUCCGAAUGCUGCAAGAAGUUCACUCCGAUGCCUAGUUUUUCGGAGGCCUGCCGCCAUCUGAUACCACGAUUCUGUGGCUCCGAGUGUGCCUGUCGUGGAGGGAGCUUAUGUGAAAUGUGGAACACGUAUAAUAUGUGCAACAAGUCGCGCAGGAACUGCACCAAGCCGUUAAUAGGGUAUUCUCCGUUACGAUCCAGGAUGCGAUUUCCAUUUUGAGAGAUUCCUAAGUGUGCAGUCGUCUGAUUUAUUUAGAGGUUCUUCAACAAAGAGUAUGCGGAAGUAACCUAACCAGUGACCUAGUUUUCCCGGCCUAGUAACUCACAAGUUCGACAGCUUUCGAAAAAUCAUUAGGCCAAAUCAAAAUUCUCAAAAUUUUAAGCAUGCAGUCAGCACUGUGGAUCUUUUGCAGACAAGGUUUCAGGAGCUUUGCCACUAAAGCGCAAGGUUUCAGAAGCUUCGCCAGCAAAGUGACCUACCACGCGGAUCCGCCAUGCCAACCUGUCGACCCUUUGUGCCAUCAUGUUCCAAGCGGCAGAUGCGUGCAGGCCAGGGAAACGAUCAAUCUCAAACUGCCACAUGAGAGGUUAUUGAAGCAAGAACGCGAUCAGAAGAAGGAGAGGAAAUGCUGUGUCCUGCGAUCGGCGGCCAAAAAUCCCUGCGUAGAGAUAAGACGACCCAAAGCCGCAAAGCUGGAGGAGAAGCCAUUCCGUUCGAUGUGGGAGCCACCUUGCAAGGCGAACGAGCAGCCGUUCUGCAAGGAAAUGCUGCCCCGCUUCGAUGCGAUGUACUACCAUCCCUCAAACAAGUGCCGCUGCUACCAACGCACCUGGGUGGAGUGUUCACCCGUUAAGAAACGGCUGAAGAAGGUUUGCUGCCUGGACGCCAUCGAACCUCCUGAGAUUCUGUACCGGAUCAGGCCGCCCUGCCCAGGAACUUGCCAAAUCAACUAUAAGGCUCGAAGGCUACUCUGUGCGGAUGGAGAAUGGGAGCGGGACCCAACGAGGAAGUGUCCGAAAUUCUUUCACCCCUGUUGCAAGCUGGCUCGCUGCAAUCCUCGUUGCUCCAGAGGCAGAAAGCCUACCCUAUGCACCAAGUUGCGAGCUCCAUAUCCUUGUUACUCAGAAAAAAUAAGAGGAACAAGACCGCUCCGAAAAAGAGAGUGCCUUUGCUUGGAGACCACCCCGAAAUGUAUAGCUCUUGCGGAAAGAAUGAGACGCGAUGGAUUAAAUCUGUGAUAAUCCUACCGAAACACGUAAAAGUGCAAGUUGAGGGUCUGGCUUUUAAAACGAAGUAAUAGAUACAAAGUGAUGUUUCUAUUAAUUUGCUUUAGCAGUCAGGUAUCCGAUCCUAACAAAAAACCAUGGAAAUUACUUAAUAAUAACAAUUUGGCAUACAAAAUUUAUAAUUGAAUUUAUGAGUUGUAAUAAAACAUAUAAUAAAAAUUCAUUAAAUUU